AUGGCUUCCAAUAACAGCAAUCUUUACUCAACGACCAAGUAUCUGGCUCAAGAACGGACUCAGAACACCAAAGUUCCAGGUGGCAGUCGCUCAACCACGCUAUCCGGAGUCAAAGAUGCCGAUUUCGUUGCAAUCGGCCUUGGAGGCGCAAACAUGUUGGCGAUGCUGUGGGCUAUAGCUAUGGGCCGCCGUGCCGUCGGUGUUGAACUUCGUGGCGACCCGUUUCUAGGAGUGCACUGGAACAUUCGUGAAGACAUGUAUCAUCAGCUGGGCCUUAUCGACAAGAUGAUGGUGGAUCGUUACGGACUGGACAACCUCCCGAAAAGACUGGAUGGAACACUGCUUAGUCUGGCAGAUUUGUUCUAUCAUCCCAUGACCAAAUCUAGGGACAUCAUACCCGGAGCUAUCAUCGAGGGAUACGAGAAGGAACUCCAUAUGGUCGGCGAAAUCCACAACAUUGAAUACAUCGACGACCGCUGGAAGAAUGGCAAGCCACAUCGCACUGUCACCACUGUGCCUCCGCCUACUAUCCCGGAGCACCCGUGCCCGACCAAAAUCCGUACUGAUAUGCGAGAAGUCCUCGACGGGCCUUCGACAUGGCAAGCUGCGGCGUUUUCCGUCCAGCUUCUUCUCCGCCGCUAUCUCGAGGCGCUCGAGAAGAUUGAUCUCAACGCUAGCAAGACGCCCAGAUGCCGCCUCUUCACCAAACACCGCGUGGUACAGGAUGGAAGUGGUCUAGUCCAUCUUCCGUGCGGCCGUGUCCAGAUUCGGAUCGAAGAAGUUACCGAAGUUCAAUAUCACAACGACCUCCAACGAAUCCGCACGCCAGGAAGCGACUUUAUCGAUCUUGGGGUUCCAGAGCUGUUCAGCGUCGCCACAGGCAUCAACUGCCGUGAAGCAGAGCAACUAGGCUUCCAGCAGCACGACGUACAGGUUGACCAUGGCGAUGGUCAAGGUGCCAAAGUAGCGCAAGCAGAUUUCGUCGCUGGCCAAUUCAAUAUACUCGUUGAUGGACGGUUGCGUCGUCGUAUCGCUUCCGAAUUUGAUAAGCAUGGAAAUGAAUCAUGGGUACGGCAGAUCGCUGUGGGUCACGAAGGCGACCCAAGGGUCUCCUGGCUCAUCGUCGAGGUACCUGAGUUUGUCUCGCUAUGUCCAGUCGAACGCGGACUUGUCGGUGCUGAGACCAGCAAAGACUCCGCCGAAUACUUCGCAGCCUAUCAACUUCUCCUUUACGACUACUACAUCUCGCAAGCCUCUCUCGUCCUGGAAAUCUCGCCAGACGAGCUCCGCCGAGUCGCCAUGGUCUACGGCCCCAAACCCUUCAGCCUCGUCGAGCGCAUCGGUACCGACGCGCGUGUUGCGACAAACGGAGUCGUAGCAGGCGAUUCCUUCGGCAAUGGCCACUUCCUCCAUUCAGCAGGCGCAAUGUGCGGCAUGCUCGGUCACGGAUAUCGUUUCCUAGAAUACUGGCAACGCCGCGCCGCCGCUCACUGCGCUGAGUCAUCUAUCUGCCUUCUUGCAGACCGUAUCAAAGCCGAUACCGAAGCGCUACUGGAAGUCAGUGCGAAGGAGUUCAGUCAAGCGAUCCCUAGCAACUUUGGUGCAGAGAGAGGAAAGAAGGUCGCAGCUGCUAGUGGUAUUGCGGAGGAGAAGCGAGCGAAGGUCAGUGCGAAGAGGGGCAGGAGGUGGGAUCAGGCGCCACUGAAUCCGACGGAUUGGAGGAGGGUGUUUAUGCGGAAUGGCAGGACGUGGAGUGAUAAGCUGCCGAGAAUUGACGAGAGGCAUCCGGCUUCGCGGAUGGAGAAGGCGAGGCUUUGA